AUGGUGCUACCAACAAAUAUACGUCAGCUUUUGCGGACUUGUCGCGAUUUCGAGAACGCGCUCCCUAUCGUGGGUUACUAUAUCAAACUGUUCGCAGUUGAGGAAAUACUCAGCAGUCCCAGUAGGAAUGAUGAAAUGACAGAAAGUGCGACGUUACUUCUGGACGAAAUCGAAAAUUUCAAGAAUAGUCCACAAGAUGAAGCUACCAGACAGCUUUUAGAGGACCAAACGAAGGCGAAAACUUAUGUGAUGAAUUUCACUCUGUCGCUCUACAAUGAACAGCUGGCGAAGAUUCAAGCCGAAAAGUUUGACAAUGACCUCAGAAGAGCUCUGCGUUGCUGCAUCGAUCUUUUGGGCACAAUUUUGGGCUUGUGGAAAGAUAGCCAGCUAAGCGAAGGGGAGCCCGACCAGUGUUACAAAAAGAUCAAAAUCUGCAAAUUCUAUCUGAGCAAGCUCGCUAAGGGGGAAUUAACGAGCAAAUCACCAUCUGCAGAUGUAGCUGAGACUUCCGACGAAGACAUCGAUGACCUGUUGGCGAAACUGAAGCAACGAGACGAAGUAGAACCUGACACUGAAGUCCAAAAGGCCGCUGCACAAGGAAAGCAAGAAGAAGCACGGGAAGAAAAAGAAGAACACCUUACACGAUCUUUAGAUCAUUUUCAGGCCUUGGCAAAUUCCUUUAAAGAUAUACCCACGGGCGAUAGCGACAUAGAAAACGAGAAGCAAGAAGACGAAGAAGCAGAGGCUUUGUUGCAGCAGUUGAGGAAAAUGGAAGCGUCCGACAAUACUGCUGAGCAAAAUGAAUCGGAGAUCGCCAAGACGGAGGCACACAUGCCCGUUUUCCUUGACGAUGACGAAAGUUCUCUUGAAGCGGCAACUGCGCCAAUUGUGGAGGAGAAGGACGCACGCUUUAAUGCCUCUGCCAUGACGGAGCACCCCGCUCCAAUCGCGAAGCCAAAGUAUACUAAGGAGGAUCUGGACGGCAUGCUUCAGCGGGAGCAAGACGUUUCUCAAAUCCAGAAAAUGGCAAGGUAUGCCAUAAGUGCACUUAACUACGAGGAUUUCAAAACUGCAAAAAAACAACUCCAAGAUGCUUUAGAAGUUUUAGAAAAUAUCAAUUACUAG